CUCAACUAACUUGGUUUGUAUACUUUCACACAAGCGUCCUUGAGCGGUGAUCCAGAGCAAGACAACUGUCAGCUUCACCCGUCUAGUGCAGACGCGAUUUCGUUAUGCAACGCAGCGCCGUGGCAGGCAGACCCAAACCAGUAGAACAUGCGGAGACCUCGGAAGCCUCGGAGGCCGAGCCAGAGCUUAAGCCCGUAGACCCCAGGGCUAAGCUGCGGUCAUUCCGUGUACGGGCGCUGUCCACUAUAGCGCUGAUUGGCACCUUCAUCGGCGUCAUCUGGGCCGGCCAUGUGCCGCUCAUGUUCUUCAUCCUGCUCAUCCAGUUCCUGGUGGCCCGGGAGCUGUUCCGCAUCGCCUACCUGGCUCAGCGCUCCAAGCGCCCGCUGCCGCUGCUGCGCACCCAGCAGUACUUCUUCUUCUUCACCGCGGUCUUCUGGCUCUACCUCAGGUUCAUCAAGAAGAACCUGCUGGUGGAGGUGAGCUCCGACAAGACCCUGGCGCGGCUGUUCUACUGGGCGCUCAAGCACCACAGCCUCAUCAGCUACUCGCUCUACAUGGCGGGUUUCGUUGGGUUCGUGUUGAGUCUGAAGAAGGGGCUGUACCUGCACCAGUUCGCGCAGUACGCCUGGACGCACAUGAUCAUUCUCAUUACCACCGUGCCAACCUCUUUCUUCGUGUCCAACAUCUUCUCGGGGCUGAUCUGGUACGUGCUGCCCGCCUUCCUCAUCGUGGGGAACGACAUCUGCGCAUACCUGGCAGGUUUCUUCUUCGGCCGCACACCGCUGAUCAAGCUGUCUCCCAAGAAGACGUGGGAGGGCUUCUUCGGCGGCUUCCUGGGCACCCUGCUGCUCGCCUUCUUCCUCUCCGCACUCAUGAGCCGCUACACAUGGCUCACCUGCCCGCGCAAGGACCUCACCGUGUUCAAGGGCCUGGACUGCACCCCCGACGAGGUCUUCGUGCCCGACACCUACACCCUGCCCGACCUGGCCUCCCACCUGCCCGCCGGCCUAGCCAGCCUGGCGGCCGCGGCUGCGGAGGUGCUGCCUGCGGGGCUGCGCGGCUGGCUGGCGGACCUCACCUUCAGCGUAGCACCCAUCCAGCUGCACGCGCUGUCGCUGGCGACCUUUGCGUCCUUCAUCGCGCCGUUCGGCGGUUUCUUCGCGAGCGGCUUCAAGCGCGCCUUCCGCAUGAAGGACUUUGGCGACACCAUCCCCGGGCACGGAGGGGUCACCGACCGCUUCGACUGCCAGAUCCUGAUGGCCAUGUUCGCCUACUGCUACUACUUCAGCUACAUCUCGCAGCCCGAGGUGACGCUGGGUGACGUGCUGUCACAGGCCAUCAAGCUGGACGACCACGACCAGAUCCUGCUGGUGGGCAAGCUGGCCAACCUGCUGGUGGGGGAGGGGCUCAUACCGGGGGACGUGGUGGACGCGCUGCACCGGCACCUGGGGGAGCGCUUCACGUGGGACUUGCCGGACAGCUGAACGUGGUAACUGCCGGAUGGCUGAACGUGGGAGGUGCUGGGCAGCUGAGCUUGGGAUAGCUGAGUUUGGGAGGUGCCGUAUAACUGAGCUUGGGAUCGCUGAACGCCGGGGUACCGCAGUCGGGAGCCCCAUGGAGGGCAUGAUGGG